AGCGAACAGUCCUCCUCUCCAGUCGUUCACAUUUGUCUGACACAGCAAACGCCUCCUGACAGAGCAGUCGACGAGCAGAAUCUCUCAUCUGUUGAGAACUUUCGUCGAUUUUCUACAAGGGGGGAAAAUGGCAGCAGAAGCCAGAGUCCUGGCUGUUUUGCUGGGAGCAUUCUGCGUUGCCAUAUAUGUUCAGGCAGAUGCUGUUGACAGUCCCCGUUCUGUACGGUCUCUUCAUGGAGUAAACAGAGAAAACAAGGAUGCAGAGAACUUCAUUGAUGCAAAUGAAAAGAGAAAUGCUCAAGGAAUAAAGGACACUGAGGAACUGGAACAGGAACUCUUGAAACGAAAGAGGAAAGAAUCGGAGAAGAAGGACCGCCCGAACUCGAACAAAGAGAGGAAGAAGGCAAAGGACGAAAACAACGAGAAGGAAGAGAAGAAGCCGAAGAGGAAGACACAAAAAAAUAAUGAGAGAGUUAAACUGAAAAAGAAGAAUGAAAGACCCAGAGACAAAGACAAGGGGGACAAACGGAGGAAGGAAGGACGUCGUGGAGAUGUGAAGGAGUCGAGGAGAAGGGGUGGGAAGGCCAAAGAAAAGAAGAAGGGGAAUCAGGAUGGCAAAAAGGAGGAACCGAAAGGGCAGAAGAGACCUAGGAAGGAAAAGCAGGAAGUCGAAGGAAAAGGGAGAAGCUCAAAAGAAGGAAAACGCAAGAACAACGAUGGAAGGGGAGGAGAGAAAGAGAAGGAUGAGAAAAAUAAAAAGGGAAAACCGCGAAAACCCCAAGACUCAAACACGGAAGGAAAGAAGAAACAGGAGGGAAAGAUAACAGUGAAACCAAAACCAAGAAAAUUAGGAGGAAAUAAACCAGAGGAAGAUGAGGGCAAAAAGGGCGUCAAGACAAAUGGGAAGAAGCCCAAGAAAGACAAAUUGCUCAAAAAAGAAGCAAAGAAGAAGAGGAAGAAGCAGAAGAUAACAGCAGAACCAAACGACCAGACGCGGCAGUUGUCAGUCACGAAUGUUCGUCAGUUGAUUGACUCACAGCAGUGUGGACAAACGUUCAACCUGAAUUACGGAGAGUCGGCAAUGCUCUUUUCAGUAAACGAUCGUUCAGUUCUGAAAUGCAAGCAGAAGUUUGAGAGCCCAGAGGGUACAACAAUCUUCUUAUCCUGUCUGCAGUUCAGUUUAAAUAGCAGGGGAUGUCGAAAAGAAAAGUUCCUUGUCCUGCCUGGAAUUGAUGGGCGGAAGAAAUCGAAAUUUUGCUCCUCAAAUUCCCCGUCUCUGAUAACUCCAUCUAAUAAGCUUGAAAUCCGAUACAUCAGGAAGUUCUUUGCGAAUAGAGACUGCUCUGGUGGUUAUAUCUGUACGGCAACUGUCAUUGGAGAUGAGCCAACUACUACGCCUGAGCCCACUACUCCUAAGCCUACUACACCAAAGCCUACUACUCCUCAGCCUACCACCCCCCAACCUACCACACCUAAGCCUACUACUACCCAACCAACUACUACUCAGCCUACCACUCCUCAACCUACUACACCUAAUCCUACUACUACCCAGCCAAUUACUACUCAGCCUACCACUCCUAAACCUACCCCUACAACUCCCCAGCCUACCACACCUAAGCCUACAACUCCUCAAUCAACAACUUCCCAACCCACAACACCUCAACCAACCACUACAACCAAUAAACCUACAACAACAACAAAUGAGCCUACUACAACAACCAAUAAGCCUACUACAACAACAAAUAUGCCUACUACAACAACAACAACAAAUAUGCCUACUACAACAACAAAAAAUAUGCCUACUACAACAACAACAAAUAUGCCUACUACAACUACCCAACCAACAACCACGUCAGCACCAACUACAAAUGUCUCAGCAACCCCACCUGUGGCACGUCUGUUUUGCAAUGAUGACUGUGGGAAAUCUACUGUUACUCUGCCACGGAUUGUAGGUGGUCAAGAGGCAUCAAUAUACGAGUAUCCAUGGCAAGCUUUGCUGAAGAUCACUUCGUCGGUAUUUACCAGCCCUGCUACUUGUGGUGGUUCAAUCAUAAAGAAAGGCUGGGUCUUAACUGCUGCUCACUGUUUCGUUAAUCCGUUCACACAACUACUCUACCCACAACUGGGUUUGACAAUUGUAGUUGCAGAGCAUGACAUCAACUCUGCCACAGAAACAGAGGAGAUCGAGAUCACUCCAACUGGAAACAGCUUAUUUAUUCACCCUCAAUACAAGCAGGGUAAUCCAAAUUCAGAGGAGCACGACAUAGCACUUGUAUUCCUGGGUGGAACCCUUACAUUUGGCUCUGGCAUCAAGCCCAUCUGCAUGCCUUUGGCAUCCGACUACACACCUGAGAAAGAAGUUGUAGUCACGGGCUGGGGAGUAACUCAGUAUCAGGGAACCCAAGCCAACAAGCUUCAAGAGGUGGCCCUGAAACUGAAAUCCCAAGCCGACUGCAAAACCCUCAAUGACAAUGCACCUCAAACUUACAUCAUUAGUGACAAUAUGGUAUGUGCUCUUGCACCCAACAAGGAUGCCUGCCAGGGUGACAGUGGUGGGCCACUUGUGACCCAGUCAGCUGAUGGGCGAUGGAUCCAACUGGGAGUAGUCAGCUUUGGGUAUGAAUGUGCUGUUGAAAAUGUACCAGGCUUUUAUACCAAUCUUGCCAAUUAUGUGGACUGGAUUACAGACACAACACAGUCCAAUCAAUGUUGAGAUAAGGUGCUGAAAACUGUGUUUUGCAAUUUAUUACACUCAAAGUAUAAAUGAAAUUGGAAAAUACAAAGAACAAAAUAGUCUUGUUUUUAACUGCACAGCAUUUAAGCUUAAAAAGUGACCCGUUUUCAUCUAGAUCUAAUCAUAAGUGAAAUUUAUUGCAAAAAAGUGGGAAAUAAAGGUGUGUUUCUUUACAAACCCACUAAAAUGUAGAAACAUUAAUUUCAGCUAAAAAGUGUAAAAUUUUUUUUAGAAAAUUUGCACUCCUGUUCCUGGAAACAAAAUGUAAAAUAAAAAAAGUAAAUACU